GCUUACCCGACCAGGAAGCGCAUCACCUUCCUCCAGAGAAAGCUGAUGAAACACUUUUUUGUUUUUGCAAGUUGUUAUUAAUAGACCACAAGCAGAUCUUCCACCCUCAGCUCUCUAACGACAAAAGGACCUGCUGGCUCGAUGACCUAGAGGGGCCAUUUCAGCACUUCCAUUCUGUCUCCAGACCUUCACCUUAGGUAAGAACUUUUGCUCCCAUUCACGUCUCAGAGUGCUCUGACUCUUCAGCUGAAGGUCCCUGUUGUCCAAGAUGGACAGUAUUACCUAACAGUAUGCAUGCUCCAGCAACAUGAACGACAUCAAGAGUAACCGAGAACUGUACCUGCACUAUACCGCCAUGGCCCCUAAGCUGCUGGCCCGCAUCUCCAAAUCACUCAUCAUGUGCCGGAACGCAAGCAUCGCCAUACCGAAGGGCAUCAGAAACAUCUUUGAGUUCACUUGGGAGGAGCUCAUCACUGACCCCAUGGUGCCUACCCCAUCUGACAUCCCUGGCCUGGAGAUCAGCAUUGGACCCCCACCUGUGGUGCUUGCAGAACCAACCCCUGUGCAGGUUCCUAUCCAGAAGAAGCCGCUGCCACCACCAGUACCAACCCCACCAAUGCUAACCACAUCCACUGGGCCAGCUAAGUUCACCACCCAGACUCCCACCCCUGGCCAUCGGGUGCAGUCCAGCCAGGACAUCCUGAACAAGUUCCAGCGGCAGUCUAUCCACCUGCUGACAGAGUUGCUCACCCUGAAGAUGAAGGCCAUGGUGGAGUCUGUGUCUGUAGGUGCCAACCCCCUGGACAUCACAAGGCGCUUUGUGGAGGCCAGCCAGCUGCUCCACCUCAAUGCCAAGGAGACGGCUUUCAACUACCUGAUUGGUACAGCUGGGAGAAGUGGCUAUGAUGUUGGCCUGACUAGUAAAGAGUCCUUAAUGAGCAUCCCAGCCAUGGGAGUGAACUCACCUUAUCAACUUAUCUAUGAAUCCUCUACCGGCUGUCUAAGUUUUUCCCUCUCAACUGGAAGGGAACUCAAGAAGAAAGCAGCUCCGGGCAAGUCAAAAAUUUUAGAAGAGAUACCCCCAUCACCCCCUCAGCGAAGAAUGGGAACUUCUUCCUCUGACAACGUGCAGUUCAGCGACCCCUGCCCUGAGGCCCGGCAGAAGCUGCAGGAGAUGUGUCACCACAUAGAAGCCGAAAGAGCCUUAUGGAAAGGGAAGAAUGUCUUCUACCCCAUGGUCUUACGCAACUAUAAGAUAAAGGUGCCUUAUCAUCCAACAUCGACCCCGAAAGGGGACUCUCAGACCCCGAGCUCCCAACACCCUAACUCUUCCGGUGCUCAGGUUUCUACUGCCGUCCUUCACCAGCCUCACAUCUCCCGUGCUCAGUUCAGCUGGCAGUCUCAGGAGUGGAAGGGAGCCAAGAAGGCCAUCAAGUUGCAUUAUUCCUUCUAUGAUGGGUCUUCCUUUGUUUACUAUCCCUCCGGAAAUAUUGCUCUGUGUCAGAUUCCCACAUGCUGCAGAGGGAGAACCAUCACCUGCCUCUUUAAUGACACACCAAACUUCUCUUUCCUGGCCCUGUUUGAUGCUGAAGGCCAGGGCUGCGUUCACCACAACCUAAAGGCCUGCUGCCCAUAUGUCUUGAUCUUGGAUGAGGAAGGCGGGACUACCUACGACGACAAGGGUUAUGCAGUUCACAAGUGGAGCUGGGCUUCUAAGACGGAGACUUUGCUCUCCCUGGAAUAUAAGGUGAAUGAGCAAAUGAAGCUGACAGUGCUGGGGCAGGACUCCAUCAUGGUCACCUUCACCUGCCUGAGUGAGACAGUAACACUCACUGUAUCACCCAACAACUGUCCCCACGGGAUAGGGCAUGAUAAAAGGGUGACCCACAAGAUCAGCUUCAUGGAUGAAAAGAUGUCUAAGAUCAGCCGAGCCCUGGCAGAGAUCAAGAAGCGGUUUCAGAAGACAGUGUCUCAGUUCAUGAAUUCUAUCUUACUGGCAGCAGGCUUGCUCACCAUAGAAUAUCCAAUAAGGGAAGAGGUAGAAAUAAGUCGAAUCAAAAUGAAAUCCUGGUUCAGUCUUGAGCGAGGCACCAAGCAAAGUCGCUACUCAGCAGAAUCCCUUGCAUCACGAUAUCAGUCAGCCCAACCAGAGUCCUCGUUUGGAGAGUUUUCGAAGGAAGAUCCUGGGUCUGCUCCUGUAAGCCCCACUGACAAGAAGACCAUCAAGAUCCAAGCCAAAUCCCCAGUCACACCCAGAGGGAAGGCCCGGGAGGUGUGCAGCCCCACCAGGUGGGCAGCCUCACCAUCUGACUGCCCUUUGGUGCUGAGGAAACUCAUCUGUAAGGAAGAGAUCCGCGCUGGCUGCAAGUGCAUAGUGAAGGCACCCCUGGUAACUGACGUGGAGCUAGAACGCUUCCUGUCAGCACCCCGGGACCCCAGCCAGGUGCUAGUGUUCGGGAUAGUGUCGAGCCAGAGAUCCACCAGCACAGGACAGCUCCAGUGGCUGCUCAACACACUCUACAGUCGCCAGCAGCAGGGCCGCUCCUCACCCUGCAUCCAGUGCCGGCGCGACCCCUACCGCCUACUGCGGUACAACCUGGACAGCCCCCUGCAGAAGGACCCGCCCCUGCUGGUGAUGAAGUAUGCUGUGGUGCAGGGGAUGGUUUUGAUGUUCGCUUCGGGGAAGCUCCUUUUUGGGGGCAGAGUUUUGAAUGGAUAUGGCUUCAGCAAGCAGAAUCUACUGAAACAGAUCUUUCAGGCUCAACAGGACUGCAGGAUGGGUUACUUCCUGCCAGAGAACUACAAAUUUAGCAUUUCAACCUCCAUCCUGGCCCUGGAUGACUCUGACUCAGCCUCAGCCGAGAGAACAAUGAUGGAUGACGUUCAAGGAAGCGCCUCCUCGUUGACCAUCGGGGACGAGAUAGACGAGUCUCCCCCUGAAACUGAAAAGAAGAUGACACAUCCUGAUGAGGAUCUUCCUCCUAUCAGCAAAGGCAGGAGGGGCAGUAAGAAGCUAAAUGAUGGGAAGAAACUGCUCCCCAAGAAGUAAUGCAGGCCCCUUGACCACCAGAGUGCCAGGCCUGGACAUAGCUCAUCCCUCACCCACUCAGCCAUCCUGCCCUGCCUCCCCAGCCCCCGCCCCCUUCUCGGAGCCUCUGUGUAAUAAACAAGCAUGCCGGCAGCAUCCGGGUGAGGCUGUGGGCUAGGCUGGCUCUACAAGGCCAGAGGCCCCCCAGCAGCCCUGUUACAGGCCCAGUCCUUGGACACUUGGUUGCUCUGACCCAGAGCUGCUUCUGUGGCCUGUGAAGUCAGCCCAGGAUUCUUCCACUCCCAGGGAAAUGAACCUGACAAGGGGACCCAGCCAAAUGAGACAUUAGCCAUGGGGGAGAUCUGUGAUGGAACUAAACUAUGCUCUCCUCUCCUUCACUGGGUGGGAAUGGCUUGGGUUCUGGCCCAAGUGCAAAACAGAGUGUGAGAGAGUAGAGGGAGAAGGGAGACAGGAAGCUGAGGGAGAAGAGACUAAGGGAAAGAUGGGGAGGCUGAUGAUGAGAAGGGAGAAAACAGGAAGGAGAGGGGAGGGGCAGAGGGAGGGGAAGUCGAGAAGGAAGAAAUGAGGGAGGAGGGAGAGAAAAGGGCAGGUGGAUAGAGAAAGAAAGGGCCAUGGAGUGGGACAGAAGAGGUGGUGACAAGCCACACCGAGGGACCCUUUGGUGGCACUGGAAAGCCAGAGCCCCUGUGCGCUAAUGUCCCCGUUUAGCCCACGCUCAUCUGCCUCCCUGGUGGCAGCUGAGAAGGGUAGAGAGCACGCCAGCUCUGGCCCUGCUUGUCUGCAGCUCCCAGGGCCAUGCUUCCCGGGAGCAGGGUGUGGACCCCAGGGGGUCUGCCUUGCUCUCCAAGCCUGGAAUAGAGUCUACAGGCCCUGAUCUGUGGGUGGCGUUCAGUGGCAUGCUCUAUACUUCACAACUUGUGCUCCCUCUGUAAUAGAUGCUUUUUUAAUCUGAAUUUCUUGAGGUUCAAUUUUUAUCACUUGUAUCAUUCAAAGGCUUUUAAUGGGUUAUACAUUUGUCCCCUAGUAAUUGAUUCAAAAUGACAUGCUAUGUGCUUAAGCCUACAACCUUUGACCUAAGGGGCCCUGAUGUAUGUUAGGGGUCUUGGGCAUCCCGGCACUCUCCCCUCCUCCUUGUCUGAACAAAGAACACACAAAAAUUGUUCCCCCUCUGCCCAGGUCAGCCUUCACAUACUAGGUUUACACAUAGGCAGGGUGGGGCAAAAGUAGGUUUACAGUGGUUUGUGUGACAAUAAUGCAGUAAUUAAUAAAUAAUACUACAAGAAUACACUGUGUUUACAUGUACUCACAAUUGUAAACCCACUUUGGCCCCACCCUGUCUAUACGCUGUCUAUGAGGUCUGGAAAUGCAGCGACUAGCGCCCCCUGAUGCCCUGCAGAAGCAAACACAAAUCUCCUCUGAAGUUCACUCGCCACGUAGACCUCACAGGAUUCCCACAGAGAGAGCCCAGGUGAAUAUUAGCUCACAAUCCAAAAUUUAAAAAUGUAAGCCAAAGUGAAUGAAAACAAAUAUCAAAUGUUAAAUCAGACAUAAAGACUCUGGAUUUUUUAAUUGUCAUACAAUAUAAAACAAAUAUGUUUUAAAUGUUUAAAUAAGCAAAGGAAAGAUUUGAAAACCUAAGCAAGGAGGAAGGCAUCAUCAAACAAACAAAAAAAAAUACGGACUGAAUUUUGCUUCCGGACAUGUUGGAGUAACUGGUACUGGGGUUUCAUCCUGACACAAACACCCAGGACAAGAGAAACAGUGUGUGUUCUACAAUCACUCCCAGCUUUCUGCCAGACAUACUUUCUGGAUCAUGGUGCAGGGAAAGAGAACGCAGGCACAGUAUAGAGUGUUGCUGAACUGGGGGGAGAGAUCAGAGUUAGAGAGUCGGCAGUGAGCAGAAUCCGUGAGGCAGAGCAUCAGUGAAGAGGGAGCUGUGCAGAAAGAACUCUAGGAAUUUCCCCAGGGUUCUCUCUGAGUCCUCGGCUAGAUGCUCCGCUGCACGUUGAAGGUGUGGCUUUGUAAGGUCUGGUAAAGAACUAGAUUUUCACAGGUAAAAGUAUGAAGUUGGACCCUUCCCUAACACCAUAUACAAAGAUUAACUUCAAAUGGAUCAAGAACCAAAUGUAAGACCUAAAGCAAUAAAACACAUAGAGCAAAGCAUAGGACAAAAGCAUUUUGACAUUGGAUUUGGCAGUGAUUGUAUGGAUAUGAUACCAGAGGCACGGGCAACAAAAGGAAAAAAAGAGACAAAUUAGACUUCAUGAAAAAAAUUUAAUGUGUGCACCAAAAGACACUAUCCAAAGAAUGAAAAGGCAACUCACAAAAUGGGCAAAAAUAUUCUAAAAUCAUAUAUUGAUAAGGGAUUAAUGUCCAGAAUAUAUAGAGAACUGCUAAAACAACCUAAUGCAAAAUUGGGCAAAGGACUUGAAUAGUCAUUUUUCCAAAGGAGAUAUACAAAUGGUCAAUAAACAUGUGAGAAAAUUCUCAGUGUCACUAAUCAUCAGAGAAAUGCAAAUCAAAACCACAGUGAGGUACCGCCUCACACCCAUUAGGAUGACUUCAAUCAAACAGAAAACAAGAAGUGCUGGUAAGGAUGUGGAGAAAAAUGGGACCCUUGUGCACUGCUGGUAGACAUGUAAGUUGGUAGAGCUGCUGUGGAAACAACUAUGGAGGUUCCUCAAAAGAUUAAAAAUAACAAUUAGUAUAUGACCCAGCAAUUUCACCUCUAAGUAUAUACCCGAAAGAAUUGAACAAGGUCUCAAGGAGCUGUUUGUACACCCAUGUUCAUAUCAAUAUUAUUUGCAAUGGCUAAAACAUGCAAGCAAACUCUAUUCAUCAGCAGAUGAAUGGGUAAGUGAAAUAUGGUAGAUACAUACAAUAAUAUUGAGCCUUAAAAAGAAGUAAAAUUCUGCAAGAUGCUACAACAUGGAUUAGCCUCGAGGACAUUAAGCUGAGUGAAAUGAGCCAUUCACAAAAAGAUCAAUACUGUAUGAUUCCACUUACAUAACGUUCCCCAGAGAAGUCAAAAUCAUAGAAAGUAGAAUGGUCGUUGCUAGGGACUGGUGAGGAGGGAGGAGAAAUUGUUUAAUGGGUAUGGAGUUUUAAUUUUACGAAGUGAAAAGAACUAUGCGGAUUGACGCUGGUAGUGGCUGCAGAACAAUGUGAAUGUAUUGGGUUGGCCAGCAAGCCCAUAUGUUGUUUUCCAUAAAGGACGCAUCUUUCAUUCUCACCAAUAACUUCGCUGAUUUGGAUAUAUUGAGUAUGUCGGCUAUCUCCUGCAGGGUAGAAUGUUAA